CGUUGUGAGUGGUAAGAGAAGCGAAAUUCGAUUUUUUUACAGUUGGUGUAGGGUAUCUUUUGACGAACACUCCAUUAAAGGUUCCACCGAAAACCACCGUAAAGGUUCCCCGAAGCUACAACGCCCGCUUGCAGACUGACUCGCAUCGAACAUGAUUCAGCUUCUAUUCACCUUAAUCGCAGCCGAAAUGGCUCUGAUUUUGACUCUCCUCUUCAGGACGCCUCUGAGGAAGCUUGUGAUUUUGAGUUUAGAUCGUGUUAAGCGCGGUAAAGCCCCAAUCGUUGUUCAAACAGUCGCCGCAACUGUCUUCGUUCUCCUUCUUUCUAGCGUCUAUAGCAUGGUUAAGAUCCAGAAUCGGAUGACUGAGACCGGCGAGGUUAAUCCUACGGAUCAGGUCCUUAUGUCCAAUCACUUACUCGAAGCUUCUCUCAUAGGGUUCUUGCUGUUUCUUGCACUGAUGAUUGAUAGACUACAUCAUUACAUCCGGGAGCUUCGUCUACUCCGGAAGACAAUGGAGGUCGCAAAGAAGCGAAUUCGAGCAACAGAGGAUGCAAGUGCAGAGAAGCUUAAAGCCCUGGGAGAAGAGUCAACUACGUUGAGGAACACAAUAUCCAAACUGGAAUCUGAAGUUGAGGCAAAAACAAAAGAAGCAAAUGAUGCAGAAACUGAAACAGAUGCCCUGAGAAAGCAAUCUGAGGAGUACCUCCUCGAGUAUGAUCGGUUAUUGGAGGACAAUCAAAAUCUUCGGAAUCAGCUGGAGUCGAUCGCCCAUGGCUCUUCGAGGUCGUGCUAAUCUUUUUCGCAUCGUGUUGGACGGCUAAGAAAAGGGUGCAUUUUCGCUUCACUUAAUCGGAGGGACUCGGGUUAGUCGGAUCUGUAUCAAUGUGAAAUGAAACUGAACUGGAAAAUUGAUGGAAUGAUGUUUUGAAAGCUUAGUUUAUCAUUGAAAGUGGGAGUUUAAGUUCA